AUGCGGUUCACUCAUUUUACUUUGACCCUCGUCACCGCCUUGGCCGCUGAAGCCGCACCGCCCACCAACAGCAACAGGGCUGCCUAUCUCGACUGGUCUACUUUCAAAGCCAAUGGUGUCAAUCUCGGCGGAUGGCUUCAUCAAGAGCAGGUCAUCGACCCCGUCUGGUGGGACGCCAACGGAGGUGCUGGUCUUCUCGACGAAUGGGACUGGUGCGCCAACCUUGGUAGCCAGUGUGGCCCUCGCCUCGAGCAGCGGUAUUCCUCAUUCAUCACCACCACAGAUAUCGACAAGAUGGCCGCCGCCGGGAUUAACGUGCUGCGAAUCCCCACGGGCUACAACGCCUGGGUUCAGGUUCCCGGCUCACCCCUUUACACAGGCUCGCAGACGCGGUUCCUGCGGGCCAUCUCCGACUAUGCUAUCCGGCAGUACGGCAUACACAUUAUCGUCGACAUCCACUCCCUUCCCGGCGGUGUCAACAAUCUCGGUCUCGGCGGACGAGAGGGUCGGCAUGACUGGUUCAACAACCAGACGGCACUGGACUAUUCAUAUAAGGCUGUUGACGCCGCCAUAAAGUUCAUUCAAGAGUCGGAUUUCCCUGACAAGUUCACGCUGCAGCCUCUCAACGAGCCCGUCGACAACCCUGCUGCGUUCGGCUUCCCCGAGGCCCUGACAGACGCAGGUGCGACUUGGGUUCUGUCGUACUUCCGCGGGGUUCUCGCACGUGUGCAGGCAGCCAAUGCAAACACCCCCGUCAUGCUGCAGGGCUCCUUCAGACCCGUCUCCUUCUGGUCGCCGAGCUUCGCGGAUACGGACAACAUCGUCUUCGACGUACACAACUACUACUUUGCCGGGCGCCCGACCACCUCGGCUAACCUUCCCCAGUUCCUCUGCGAGGACGCGCAGAACGCAGCUGACGAUCGCUUUCCCGUCUUCGUGGGUGAGUGGUCCAUCGAGGCUGCGUCCAACAACACGCUUGCCAGUAGACCACGGAACUUGAACACGGGCUUGAAAGCAUGGGCGCAAUAUACACGGGGCAGCAGCUUCUGGACCUGGAAGUUUCGCGGCAAUGUCCCAGUGAAUGGUGAGGGUACGCAGGCUGAAUACUGGAAUUAUGAGGAGUAUGUAGAUGCCGGUUUCAUUGAUGCGGGGACAGGCCAGGCGUGUACUGCCAGCACCUGA